GAAGAAAAACCUCCCGUUGCUUCACCUUUUUCUCUCUCCGGUGGUUAGAUUCUUUAGUGUCCGCUUCAGUUUCUGAUACUUUCGUAUUUUGGUUUUUGGAUUUUGAAUUUCGGAUUUUCGUUUGGUUUCAUCUCUGUCGCCAUAAUUCCCGGCGACAGAGUUCGCCGGAAUAUUGCCGAGGAAGAUGAAGAAUCCGGCGACUGUGUUUAUGUUCGAUUGCCGUUGCUUGUAUCAUUGGCGAAAUCAAAGCAUGAUCAUGACGUUCUCGUGUCGUCGCGUAUCUCGGGGACUUUAAUCCGUAUCUUCAAACCCUAGAUUAAAGCAAUCUUUUCCUUUUCUCUCUCUCUCUCUCUCUUUUAAAUCUGUUGUUUUUCUCCAGAACUUUGCCCUGUUUCGAAGUUAUUCCCUGCUUUGUUCGGGAAUUUGAAUAAUAUUAGUUCUGAUAAAUAAUCGGAGACUGGGUUUGGGAUUUUCUCCCUCAUUUUUUUUUCACUUAGAUAUUUGGGCUUUUUUUGGUGCUCAAUUUUCAUUUCUUUCCUCUCCAUCUUUUCUGUUUGGUGUGUAAGCAAAGAAAAAUCACGGCAAAAUCAUAAUGCCUUUCCCCAUGAAAAUCCAACCGAUCGACUCCGAUAUGUCGGAGGAGCUGAUUUUUCCGGAGCCGAUGAGGCAGAUGCCGAAAUCGCGGCUGAAGCGGCUCUUCGAGCGUCAAUUUACCGGUGUCCUGAAGAACUCCGCCGCCACGGAGCCUCCUCCGACACCGGCGCAGCCACUCUCCAGAGGGAAUUCCGGCGAGUUCGAACCGAGCUCGGUCUGUUUGGCGAAAAUGGUUCAAAACUUUAUCGAGGAUAACAACAACAACAACAACGAGAAACAGAGGUGUGGCCGCAACCGCUGCAACUGCUUCAGCGGCAGCAGCACCGGCACUGACAGCUCUGACGACGAAUGGGAAUCUGUCGGCUUCAAUUCUUCUGGUGAAGCUUGUGAAAUCCUUAAGAGCCUGGUGGUUUGUACGAGCGUGAGCGAGAGGAAUUUAUUGGCGGAUACGGCGAAGAUUGUGGAGAAAAAUAAGAACUUGAAGCGAAAAGACGAAUCUUCCUGGAAAAUUGUCGCCGAUGGGUUGGUGGGCUUAGGCUAUGACGCGGCUUUAUGCAAAUCUCGUUGGGAGAGAGCGCCUUCUUGCCCUGCAGGAGAGUACGAGUACGUGGAUGUGAUAACAAAAGGCGGCGAGAGGCUGCUGAUCGACAUAGACUUCAGGUCCGAAUUCGAGAUCGCCCGUCCGACCAAAUCUUACAAGUCGAUCCUGCAGGCUAUGCCUUACGUAUUCGUGGGCAAAGCCGAUCGGCUGCAGAGGAUCAUCCAGAUCGUGUCGGAAGCCGCGAGACAGAGCCUGAAGAAGAAAGGCUUACACGUCCCGCCGUGGCGAAAAGCCGAAUACGUCAGAGCCAAGUGGCUGUCUCCUAAUGCCCGCACCGACCAAAACCAGAACCCUUCAGCCGCAGCCGACGUUACUAAGCGCCAACCCCUCGAGGUAACUGAACUCGAAGGUUCUGUCUUUUCGUUUUCGGAUGAAUCCGAGGAACAUCUGCAGGACGGCGCGAUCGAUAUGAUGAUGAUAUAACAUAACCGUGUAGACUUUUAACAUAAGACUUGUUUAAAAAACAAAAAAAAGCUAUUGAACUCUCUCCCUUAUGGUUUUUUUAUAUGUAAGGGUGUCGGGUCCCAUUGCUCUGCCUCGUUUUUUUGGUGCGAGGGAGGGAGCGUGGUCCGGCUCUAUAGGUAUAUCUCCGAGGCAGAUGUAAGAAACCGCCGGUGUUCAUAACGCCGAGCUGUGUGUGUUGGAUACUAUGCUUUGUUAUAUCCAAAGUUUGUGUCUGAAACUUAUACAGAACUAAGAGCUUGGUUGGUUAUUUGUAAUGGCAAUAAUCGUUUUUGUAUGGCAUUGUUCCUUUUUAUUAUA